CUUGGGGCUGCAGCUGCAGAGCUGGGUCGGGCAGAAACAGGAGAGACGGAUCCAAGGGCCCUGAUCUCCCACCGCCUGGCUGGAGGGCACCAGGGACCGAGGCAACAUGACUCUCCAACCAACCACUGGGGCGAAUUCCAGCCAGAUCCCAGCACCUGUGCGCACGACUCACCUCGCUGCAGCCGUGUUGCUCUUCACCACCUUCCUGGUGGGUGUGGUGGGGAAUGGGCUGUACCUGUGGGUGCUGGGGCUGAAGAUGAGGAGGUCAGUGACCAUGCUCUUGUUCCUGCACCUGGUCUCUUGCUACCUUCUUUUCACCCUGCUGAUCCCCUUUUUUGCUGUCUAUGUCCUCCUGGGUUUCCACUGGGUCUUUGGCACGGUCAUGUGCAAACUCCUGAAUGCCUGUGUCUCCGUGGGCAUGUUCACCUCUGUCUUCCUUCUCACCCUCAUCAGCCUGGACCGCUACAUCCUCACUCACCAUCCCAUCUGGUGCCGGCAUCACCGCACCGUGCCCCAGGUCAGGAAGCUGGUCCUGGGCAUGUGGCUGGUCUCCUUAGCUCUCAGCGCUCCCUACCUGGCUUUCCGGGAGACCCGCUUGGUGGACGGGGGCAGAAUCAUCUGCACCAACAAUUACAGCUUCUCCAGAGACUGGAAUGGAGUCAAGACACAGGACCUGGGCAGACGGGUCCAUCUGGUCGUCUUCACAGUCCGGUUCCUUCUGGGCUUCCUGCUGCCCUUCUGCACCAUCGCGGGAUGCUACGGCCGUGUGGGGCUGGAGAUUAAGGAGAAGGGGCUGGCGCGGAACAAGAAGCCCUUCAAAGUCAUGGGGGCCGCAGUGGUUUCCUUCUUCCUCAGCUGGCUGCCCUACCAUCUCUAUCAUGGCUUGAAGUUCUUCAACGACAGGUGGGAGAUGGACACCCUCCUGGUCAUUUACACUCUCACCUUCUGCUUCAACGCCUGCUUCACCCCUGUCCUCUACUUCUUCGUGGGGCAGCGGUUCCAGCAGGUGUUCAAGACAUCUCUGCUUGCUCUGCUUCAGGAGACUUUUGCUGAAGACCUCAGUGGCAACGGCGCCAUCUUCCAUGAAAGCUCCGGGGUAGCAGCUGGCAAGUUGGAGCUGCCUGACCAACUUACGGGGCCUCUGGUUUCAGGGUCAGGGAGCUUAGAACCCAGGGUUCUAGAUUAAUUGAUGUAGAGGUUAAUGGUCUUUAGCUCUCCUGGCAUCAGAAAGUCUGGUUUGAUGCAGCAGGCUCAGAAUAAUGGUAUGUUCUAAAGUGUCACAGGUUCCAGAUUUCUUUAUGAGUUCACAAAAAUCCAAAUCUUGACUGAGUCGAGAACAUGAUGGAUUCUCAUUCAUCCCCCUUCAAGCCCCCUGGUGUCAUUUCAUAUGUUCUAAAUUCUCAAUGUGUUCUAUAACUGAGUGGGUUCUAGAUAUCUACUCCUUUAAACUCCUGAUAUAGCCCUGUAUGUUCUAGCUUCCUGUUUUGACCUCUAGCUUCAUGAGUUCCUGACGUAUUUUAGCUCAUCUAAAAACCACAAUUUCUCUGUAUGUUCUAGUUUUAUGAUUGGUUUAAUGGGUUCUAGGUCACUCAUGCUUUAAAACCCAGGUGUUAUCCAAUUGGUUAUGGAUUCCUGACUGUUUUAGAA